AUGAUGACGGUGCUGGUCCAUUUUGUUUUUUCGCAGUUAUUGUCCCUCGUGCUUGGUAGUUCUGGCGGACCAGCGGACGAUGUGCCAUGCUCCAUGGCCUCCAUCUCCCGCCGCAAGAGCGGCAAGCGGCAGCUCUUGUGCCUUCAAUGGAACUCGGUGUUGGGUUUCUUCUUACGUCUCUGGAACUUCGUUGCCGUGGGGAUCUCACUGGGCUCGCUCCUGGUGAUCCUUCGAGUCUGGCAGCAGGUGCAGCGGCUCGAGGAAAAGCUGGAGCUGCUGAAUGGCGAUGUGAAGAUAGCACUAUCAGAGCUGGAAGAGGUCCGUCGCGAGAUGGCUGCCUUCAACGAGAAGAUCAAGAUCACUACAAAGGAUGUGGAGGAGGAGGAGGGCGAGGAUCAAAGCACCGCAGUCGAGCCAACGGCAAUGUCCAGGGCCCUAACAGUGCGAACACGGCCGGCAUUGCUUGGCAGAGGAGUUGUAGAUGCUUGCUUCGACGUAGCAACCACAGGGCUUGCUUUGGAGUGCCACUCCAUGAGCGCUUCCCACUGCCAACGGGGUGCCUCCGCGGAGGCGAUCCGCGCCAUGUGCCCCAAGUCGUGCAACGUCUCGGACUGCCGUGGAGCCGCGUCUUGCCGCGAUUUGGACUUCACCACCUUCCAAGAGGAAGAUGGGUCGAUGUCUUCUUGCAGUCAGUUGCGGCCGAAUUGCAAGGACUGGGCAUCUGGCGAACGAGUACGUCGCAUUUGCCCUUUGACCUGUGGUGUUUGCCCAGGUGCCCCGCUGUUGAUGCCAUCUCGCUCUGAAGAGGCCUACUUCACGUUGCUGGCCAAUCGCACUCGUGCCCUCGAGCAAGAGCUCUCGCGUGUUUCGGUCUGUCGAGACGAUUCCAGGACUGCAAAGCCGUGGCAGAUCCCAAAGAUCUUGCACCAGACCUGGAAGACGGAUCAAAUCCCUGUUAAAUACCGUAGCGAGAUUAGUUCUUGGCGGCGACUGCACCCUCACUGGAGAUUCGAGUUCUGGGAUGAUAUGCGAAGUGCGGAAUUGAUGCGGGACGUGUUCCCGCAGUACGCGCCUGCAUUUGAAGUGAUGUCCGGCAUAAAACGUGCGGAUGUGGCGCGAAUUGCUGCACUCUAUGCUUAUGGUGGUGUGUACGCCGACAUCGAUGUAGAAGCUACACGAUGCUUUGAUCCACUGCUGCAGGCUGCACAGAAUGCGCAUGUGGCAGUGCUCCUUGGGGAGGAGAACAUUGUACAUACAGUGCUUUUGGAGAAGAGGCUCUCGGGACAUUUGGUGAGCAAUGCAGUCAUGGCCAGUGCACCUGGACAUCCCUUUUGGCGAGGUGUUUUGAGCGAAAUCUUCCAGCGCAGCUGUGGACAUGACCCGGUCCAAUGCACUGGGCCGCGGCUGGUGGACCGUGUCAGCAAGCAGCACUUGAGUUGCAGCAGCGGCUGUGUGGCACGACUGCCCUUUGACUACUUUUCUCCGCAAUUAGCACGCUGGAAUGUGGCAUCCAUGACCAAGAGCUGUAGCGAACUCUUUGGAGAGCCAGCAAAGCUGCUGCCAAACCAUCGCAAGGCUUUGCAUUUCGCCUGUACUUCCUUGGACGCGGCGCUGCGCGACGACGCGGCCUUGUACACCGAGUCCACGUUUGCGGUGCAUCGUGUUGGCAAUGUAGCUGGUGCAGAGAGGUCGGCAAUGAAACGGAGUACGCCGCUGAGGGAUUUCGGCAGUGCCAGCCGUGUGCUGCACAGCCGCAGAACUGACUUUGAGGAACUGCUCACAGGACGCUCCAGGAGCAGCCGCACUCUGGACAAUCGCUUGGACAAAGUGACGCAUGGGAAGAAGCGAAAGGGCCAUCCUCUUCAUGACUUUCGGGAAAAGCUCCUCAAGAAAUGGCCCACCAUUCAGGACGCUUUCUCCGCCAUCGACAGCUAUUUGUCGAAGGUGACAAAGCCAAUGAACUUGCAGGAGUGGGCCACUACGCUCUCCAAUCUAGGCCUUGCAAGCCAAGCGGAUGGUCGGGUGAUCUACGAACUCCUGGAUGAGAACAAGGAUGGUGAUUUGACCCUUGAAGAGUUUCAUUGGGGUAUCGAAACUGUGGCCCCGGUCCUUUGCAUGGAGACGCUUCGGAAGCGGCUGCUGUGCCUUGGUUUUCCAUCAAUGACAAUGGCACUGUCGGCCAUGCACGGGCCUGGCCAGGACCUGACCAUGUUGCCACUGUCCUUAGAACGGUUCGCCGAGUGCCUGUGCAGGGCUUGGAUCAUUCAGCCCGAGGAACACAAGGCUAUCUUCGAGGCUAUUAGAAAUCCGAAUGAGCCCUCCAACACAGUGACACUAAGCGAGCUUUUGUGCGGCCUGGCAGGGGUCAGCCCACCCUUGGUCUUGGAGGAUCUGGCCACGGCCUUGCGGCCUCGCGGACGACUUGCUGCCUUGAAGGACGCACUUGGUGUUUCGGACGAGCAGGAGGAGGUGAGUGCAGAACACUGGCGCAGGACUCUUGGGAAACUGUUUCAUUUUAAUGAUGUUGAGACCAGCAAGCUGCUUCCCAUGAUGGAUGUGGAUGGAAUCGAUGGCAUCUCCAUGGAGGAGCUGCAAAGUGUUUUAGUAUUUGCUGAGCCCUCCAUGUUUGUCGAGGGAUCGCGGAAGAAGGUGCAACAAGGCUAUCGGAGCAUUGAGAGUGCGCUUCAGAACAUCAUCAAUGAGUCUGACCUUCGUGACGACUCCAAGUUCGGCAAGGAGGAGUUGGAGCUUCUCUUGGAGUCCGUGGAGGGAGUGGAGAUGUGGGAGAUGGCGCCUGUGGUGUCGUUUGUGAGUGGUAGUUCUGGGAUUGGAGUCUCAAUCAGUGGCUUUCUUAAGGGAUUGCGCCUCUUUGCCCCCUGCUGUGUGCUGGAGGCUUUGAGGAUGCAGCUAAUAACGAAGGGCAUGUCUGCCUUCAAGCAGGUGCCAAACCACCGGAUGCCUUUGGAUCGUGAAGCAUUUGCUGCAAGCCUGAAGCAGGCUGAAAUCAAGCUCUCCGAAGAAGAGACUUUGGCCAUCUUUGAUCUGCUGGAUGUUAGGUCUUCAGAUGUGGUCACGAUCAGUGAACUCGUUGCCCUACUACAGUGUUCAAGACCCAAAGGUCGGCCUUGGCGGGCUCCCACAGAGCUUAAACAACAGGUGGCCUUCAACGUGCAUCAGGACAUUGCACCCAUUCAGAGUGGCCUGCAAGAACUGAAGCAGGGAAUCCGGGUGGCGCUGAAGGAGGCUAAAGAAGUUGAACUGGAAGCGCAGGGCUUGAGAUUCACAAAGAUCGGAAGGUGCUUUGCAGCUUUACCUUUCGCUCAUUUCCUGGACUUACCUGGCAGCCUUUGCUUCAUAGCAACGGUUCUCGCCUGUGCCUGUGGCCUCUGGAACUACAGCAGGAACAUCUACAAAUACUGGGCCUAUGAGGGCCAAAGUUCCUAUAGCGACCUGGCAGCGAGUGAUCGUGCCACCUCCUUCUUAGAUGCCGGGAAGCUGGCAUUUCGUGAUGAUGUCAUCGUGGACUUUGAACAUGCAACCGGAUAUCGAGAAGGCACAGAGCUGCUGUGUGUUGCACCUUUGGUGAGCAAGGCGGCGACACAAGGUACGGUGGAGUUUUGGGCCGCCGGACGACGUUGCUGCGAGGAUGGCGACUUCAACUGUGGUGAUGCGAAGCGAGGUGCCAAAGCUGGCCUCGUCUUCUUGGAGGACGCGCUGUUCUCCGACAAUGGAGUGGAGCUUUUCAGAGCAGCAGCAAAGGCUGCAGAGGCACAACAUGGGCUGCGGGGAUCUGACGAUGCCCUCUUCGUCUUUCUCACAGCUUCGCCGAGCCAGGUGCAGCAUCACUAUUGGUCACAUGGUGUGAUGUUCAUGGUGUGUGCGUCUUUGGUCUACUUCCCAGUGUGUGUCCUCCUCGGAUUUGCUCUUCACUGCUUGCCUCGCUCCAAAAUGAAGCUUGAGAUGAGAAGGUACUAG